AUUACUGGAGUUGGGUAUUAACCCACAAAACAGGAAAAGGAUGGACCAAGGAUGACACUUUAUCAUUGCGUCUUCCUUCCACUCUUCCCACCAUCCUCAGGCUUUCACUAUGUUCAAAGGAUGCCUCACUGAUGGACAUGAACUCCUUCAGCCCUAUGAUGCCAACAUCUCCUUUGUCAAUGAUAAACCAAAUCAAGUUUGAAGAUGAACCUGAUUUAAAGGAUCUCUUCAUUACAGUUGAUGCACCUGAAAGCCACGUUACUACAAUUGAAACUUUUAUCACUUACAGGAUCAUAACCAAGACAUCUCGUGGGGAAUUUGAUUCCAGUGAAUUUGAAGUCAGGCGACGUUAUCAAGAUUUCCUUUGGUUGAAGGGGAAACUGGAGGAUGCACAUCCCACGCUCAUUAUUCCACCAUUACCAGAAAAGUUUAUCGUGAAAGGGAUGGUGGAACGAUUCAACGAUGACUUCAUAGAAACCCGCAGGAAGGCAUUGCAUAAGUUUCUGAACAGGAUUGCUGAUCAUCCAACUUUAACGUUUAAUGAAGAUUUCAAGGUUUUCCUCACUGCACAAGCCCCGGAACUAUCGUCUUAUAAGAAGCAAGGACCUGGCUUGCUGAGCAGGAUGGGGCAGACAGUCAGAGCUGUGGCAUCCUCCAUGAGAGGAGUGAAGAACCGGCCAGAUGAGUUCAUGGAAAUGAAUAGCUUCAUCGAAACAUUUAGCCAGAAAAUUAAUUUAAUAGACAAAAUAUCUCAGAGAAUCUACAAGGAAGAAAGAGAUUAUUUUGAUGAAAUGAAAGAAUAUGGCCCCAUUCAUAUUCUGUGGUCAGCAUCAGAGGAAGACCUGGUUGACACAUUGAAAGGCAUCGCCAGCUGCAUUGACCAGUGCUGUAAGGCCACUGAGAAGCGGAUGACUGGCCUGUCAGAGGCCUUGCUGCCUGUUGUCCAUGAGUAUGUGCUUUACAGUGAGAUGUUAAUGGGUGUUAUGAAAAGAAGAGAUCAAAUACAAACAGGAGACAGCAUGCAAACAAAAGCAAUGCUCUUUAAAGAUGCUGAUGCUAAUGCGCUUACAGAGGAAAUCGGAAAACUUGAAGAUAAAGUGGAAUGUGCUAACAAUGCCCUGAAAGCAGACUGGGAACGCUGGAAGCAGAACAUGCAAAAUGACCUCAAGUCAGCAUUUACAGACACAGCCGAGGAGAACAUCCGAUACUAUGAACAGUGCCUUGCUACUUGGGAAUCAUUCCUCACAUCACAGACUGACCUUCCCUUGGAAGAGGACUCUGAAGAUAAAAUUUAAUCCUAUUGACAACUCCUGUAUGAUCUUUGAGAGACAGUGUCUAUCAACCAAAGUUGUUUUUUUCUGGAUUGGCUGUGCCCUUUAUAAAGUGGAUGACAAAUGAUUUUGCCCUGGCUGGAAAACCAACAACUUACAAACUCAGGUAUUCCAGGUCAUCAACGUGAAUUUGUGAUAUAAAUAUAUCUACCUAGAUAUAUAGAUCUGUUAUAUGAUGUAUAUUCUAUAGAUCUAUAGAUCUGUUAUAUGGAUAGAUAUUUAUCUAUGUCUAUGUGGAUAGAAAGAGAUUUAGUGUGUUUUAAUUUUGUUCUUAAAUUUAUGUGCCAUUAAUUGCAUAUAGAGGUUUUUUUUCUUACAUAUUUGACUGUGGAACAUUACAUUUUUCAAUAUGUUGUAAAGACUUGGUUUUAAUAAAAUCUUUAUUAAGAA